UCACAACUGCAUAGCCACGUAUUGUGUUUCCCCGCCCUUUGGCUUUCCUUCACCAUUGCUACCCCUCAGUCAUCCCACCGUUCCUUUUAUUUGUCUGCUCUUUUCGUCCUUCUUCUGGGCGUUCUCCUUGUCACCGUGGCUCCUCCAUUUCGCAUCCCCUCCUCCUCCCCCACCUUUCGCCUAGCUUCAGUCCUGAGCCAUUUCCGUGGCUCUCGAUUGCCCACCGCUCUCAACCCAGGGUUGACGAACCUUCGCAAAUCUCUCACCACCGCCAGCAUGGCCCCCGAGCACCUCCGUCGGCCUCCUCAGGCGCCUCCCGUCUUCACUGCUACUGCACAGUCCAUCCUCGAUGACGCCAAUCGCCUCAUUGCUAGCUCCCGCAAGGUUCAGGACGAGGUUGUCGCUAAUGUCAAGCCUGAGUCCGCUACCUUUGACGCUGUUGUGAAGCGUCUCGCCCACGAUGAGAACGCCAUGGCCCUCGAAUCCCACAUCAUCAGCUUCUAUCAGGCCGUGUCGACCGAGCAAGAGCUGCGUGACGCAUCGUCCAAGGCCGAAGCGCUGAUGGAUGAGUUCUUCAUCGAGUCCGUCAUGCGCGAAGACGUGUUCAAGCUCGUCGACGCCGUGCUGACCAAGAACGAGUCGCUCGACCCCGAGUCCCGCCGCUUGCUGGAGAAGGAACACAAGGAUUACAUCCGCAAUGGUCUGGGUCUGCCGGCCGGGCCUAAGCGUGACCGCUUCAAGGAGAUCAAGAAGCGUCUCAGUCAAAUCAGCAUUGAGUUCCAGAAGAACCUUAACGAGGAGAACGAGGGCAUCUGGUUCACGCCCGAGCAGCUGGACGGUGUCCCGGAAGAUGUCUUGGCUGGCUUGAAGAAGGGUGAAGGCGAGAACGAGGGCAAGCUCUGGCUGACCUUCAAGUACCCGGACUUGUUCCCCACUAUGAAGUACGCAAAGAACCCGGAGACUCGCAAGCAGGUUACUAUCCAGAACGAGAACAAGUGCAACCAGAACGUGCCGCUCUUCCAAGAGGCCAUCAUUCUGCGUGACGAGGCCGCUCGCCUACUCGGGUACCCCAAUCACGCCGCCUUCCGCAUUGAGGAUAAGAUGGCCAAGACGCCCAAGACGGUGAACGACUUCCUCGGAGACCUCCGCUCUCGCCUGACGGCCGGCGGGCAGAAGGAGCUCAAGACUCUUCUGGAGUUGAAGAAGUCCGACCUGGAGUCCCGUGGAGAAGAGUUCAAUGGUCACUACUACCUUUGGGACCACCGCUUCUACGACCGUCUUCUGCUGGAGAAAGAGUACUCUCUCGACCAGCAGCUUAUUGCCGAAUACUUCCCUCUGCAGACUACCAUCGAAGGUAUGCUCAAGAUCUUUGAGGAGCUCUUCGGUCUAGUGUUUGUGGAGAUCACUGGCGAGGACCGUGAGAAGGUGGCACCUUCCGGUAAGGGAAGCGAUAUCGUGUGGCAUGAGGACGUUCAGAUCUUCAGCGUCUGGAACGAUGAGGGCGAGGGCAGCGGAUUUGUGGGCUACCUGUACCUUGACCUGUUCCCUCGUACCGGAAAGUAUGGCCAUGCUGCCAACUUCAACCUCCAGCCGGGCUUCAUUGAUGCUGAGGGUAACCGUCGCUACCCUGCCACCGCUCUGGUGUGCAACUUCACCAAACCCACCCCCAAGAAGCCGAGUCUGCUGAAGCACGACGAAGUGGUCACUCUGUUCCACGAGUUGGGCCACGGAAUCCACGACUUGGUCUCCAAGACAAUCUACUCACGCUUCCACGGAACGAACACUGUGCGGGACUUUGUCGAGGCCCCUAGUCAGAUGCUGGAGAACUGGUGCUGGACGCCUUCCCAGCUAAAGUCUCUCAGCAAGCACUACUCGACCCUGUCUCCCGAAUACCUUGCCGCCUGGAAGGAGCAGGCAGGAGGCAAGGAGCCUCCUUCUGAGAACAUCCCCGACGACGUCAUUGCGAACCUCAUUCGCACGAAGCACGUCAAUGACGCACUUUUCAACCUGCGCCAACUGCACUUUGGUAUCUUCGAUAUGACUGUGCACCAGCCUGAAAGCCACGAGCAGAUUAAGAAGCUGCCUAUCUCAGCCACCUACAACAAGCUGCGCCACGAUAUCACCCAGAUCGAGGGUCCCGAAAGCCUGGGUCUAGGUGAGGAAUGGGGCCACGGCGAAGCUACUUUCGGCCAUCUCAUUGGAGGGUAUGAUGCCGGAUACUAUGGAUACUUGAGGUAAGCUUUUCGAAAUCCUCGCGAUACAAAACAUGCUCAUUCGUCAUUCCUUCCAGCUCGCAAGUAUACUCAACGGACAUGUUCUACACGGUUUUCCGAGAGAACCCUAUGGAUCCGGAGGCGGGCCGUCGGUACCGGUACAAGGUGUUGGAAAA